AUGCCCUUUCGGCAUGAUCUAGCUACGACGCUCUACCGUUUGGGACCCGAGUCGCCGCAUGCUCACGAGUUCGAUUUCAUGCUCGGUGAUCUAAUCAUGGGGCGCGCGGCUCAGUCGAGCUUGAAGAGUUUCGAUGAAGCCACCACUGGUGCUGACGGAUUCAUCUUAGAGGGAGCGAUUCGGCGCCCGGACCGAAGACAGAUCAUUGAUGAAAGUGAAUGGAUUCAGCCGCAGUUCCAAACAGUUACCCUCUCCGACCCGCGAUAUCUCACCCCUGUCAACUCCUCGCAAGAUUUCCAGGGGACCAGCGAUGCUGUCGGCGAGUCGGCGAGCCGGCGAGGCCGCAAAGCCCCGUGA